UGGAUCCAUUGUUUUUGUUGUCGUGAUGUUGGCGUAUCCUUAUCACUCCUGUGCAUGAUGACUCUUGUUUGUUAAAUUUUAAGUGUAAUAAUGUGGUUAUUAAGUCAAUUACUAUGUAGUUUAUAGCAGUAAGCAACUUUGCAUUGCAGAGUCUUUAAUUUAUGUGGCUAUUCAAGGAAGAUAAAGGCAAUAAUGAAUUCAACAAUGUAUACCCUGCCCUAUCACUAACACAAGGAUGAAUUCUCAAAUCCAAAGCAUUUUUGAUGGAUAUUACCUGGUGCCGAGUUCAAUUCAAAUCUUAAAAUCCAACGCUUGAGUCUAACUAUCACCGAAAAUGGAACCUGACGGAGAAAGAUCUAUUUCUUCAGGAAUAUCUCUACCCCAAUGGAUGAAAGUCAAAAUCACUGAAAGGUACGAUCUUGAACAAACAGCUUUCUCUCCUCCUACCGAAGAUGAUGGUUUUUUCUUUAUGCGUUAUCCAUCUAAAGCAGAAAAUCGAUUCCCAAACUCAUCUGGAAAAAGCAGCAACAGUAUCAAUGAAGUGCGACGUAAAAUAUCCUCUUCUAAAGGGCCAGUCACCGAACCGGAUUUGGAUUUGAAUCAACACACCACCCCAUGUAGACAGUUCAUCCUUCAGAAUAAUGUUGAACCACCAAUCCAAGUUAUCCAAUCAGGCCUAAAUAGUCGUUUCAAGUCUGCUGGUGUUGACGAUGGAUUUAAAACUGCAGCUUGUGGAAAAUCUGUGGUGGAAGUGGCCAACCAGAUGAUCAACUUAAAAUUGUACAAUGGACGCAAUUCAGAAGAGCUACCCUCACCAGACAAAACCAGUUAUCUGAAGCAGCGACGAAACAGUAAAUCGUUACCAGCAAGCCCUGCUAGCUCCCCUAAAAUUGGUAGGAGAAAUCCAUUCUUCUCUGAAGCUGCUUUUGAGUCUGUGCUAGACACUCAUGAUAAUAAUGCCGCCAAGUCGAGUGGAUGGAUCUCCUUUUCAUCAUUAUUGAACCCAAGGGACUCCAUAGAGGAAUCGGCAGCAGUCUCAAGAGAAGCUAGUGAGAGAGGAUCUACCUUGUCUAUUGCUGAAAAUCCUGAAUCCCUAUCUGCUGCAAUUCAAAAGGAAGGAACAUCCCCAAAAAUUUUACGUGCACGACCAUCCGAACUAAGAGAGAUGAACUUUUGGUCUCCUACUUCAAUGUAAAGCUUUAAGUCUGAGAUCCAAUCCUUCCGGUUUUUUGUCUCUCUCCUCUCUUAUUUGAUUCAGCAAAAUUGAACAGAAUGUUGCUUUUGUUAACAGGGUCAUUUUAUCAUGGUAGUCGGAUCCGAGUUAUUUUGAAAGAUUGGAUUUUCCCGCUUAAGUGGUACUAUCUCUAUAUUCUAAUCAUUAUUAUUUGCUUAUCAGGAUUAAAUGGCAGACAACUUUUAUAAGAUCUCUUGAAAGGGAAAAAGAAAGAAAAAACUGCUUGUUGGAGAGAUUAAAGAUACCUUAUUUAUUUGUACAACAAGAUCAAAAACGUCUGAAUGACCUUGUACUUCAUGGUUCGAAUGAUCUAUUAUAGUAUCUCCUAUAAGUCUUGCCAUUGCAUGUUAAACGUUGCAAAUUAAGCAUAAAUGCUCUGACUAGUUACGGAAGCAAUGAGGCCAAAAAUGCCACAAUAAUCCCUUCGUCCUGUUGCCUUUUCUGACUCCCGAAUGUGAGGAUGUGAGGCUCAGAUUCCUGAAGAGAGUCUAAGCUGCAACAAGUAAGAUCCACUCAAGAGUGAAAAUGGACUUUUCGUUCAAAAGUUGGGGGUGAAUCUAAGGGUGUAUUAUAGAGGGUGGAAGCUAUGUAACCAAAGGAAAUGUCCAGAACGAUUCACAAAUGGCCUCCUUGAAAUCUGCCAAACAUUGAUUUAAAUCUGUCCAAGAGGGUAUUUAAUUUGAUACAAAGAGAUUGAGGCUUACAAACACUUAACUCUGUCCUUUUAAUUUGUCUUUUUCAUCAUAAAUCAACAUUUUCUUUACCAUCACUAAUCGCUAAUAAAAAAUUUGAUAAUAUUAAAGUUUAAUGCAGAUAAUUGGCAGAGUAAUUGAAGCAAUGAGUGAAUUCUCAAAAAUCAGUCUGCAAUAAUAUUAAUUUUCAAUGACUUUCUAUCAUCUUUCAGUGUUUUAAGAAUCAUGACUUUAGUUGAAAAUUCCCCACUAUAGUUUGUUAAGUGCUUAAAGGUCCAAGCUUUUAACGUUUUUGAGAAAGUGUCAAAUUUUUGUAAAUACUAACUUGGUCACAUACAUGUCGAUUGAUUUUCUGUGUUUUAGUUUCUAUCCUCAUUUAAGCAAUUUUGUUAAAGAUAACGUUUGUGUUCCAGAAGUCAGCAAAAGCUAUUUUUGCUCACGAUUUAAGUUUUUAAAUUUGUUAUUUUUUAGUUCUAUAAGUUGAUACCAGUCAUCAUCCUUUCAUAUUAUCAUCUUUUUUCCUUAAAGGUUUCUAUCUCUGUAUUUUCUAACAACCACGUACAUCCAAUGGUGUAAAUCAAGUUUGAACAUAAUUUUAAAUCAUGCUUUCAAUAAUUAAAGAUGUUGCAAUUCCA